AUGUACCUAUCCAUUGUAACCGGCAGUUUGGUAACUUUAAUCCUAACAAACACAAACGUCUCGGUUUCUUUUAUUAUAAAGGAUUAUAAAGGACUUGGUGGCUCGUAUCUGAACGGUUUCUCUGAUGCUAAUAACCACUCAAAGAAAGGGUUUUUCCAUAGCCGAUGGAUUCCUGCGGAAAGAAGUGCCAAGCUGCGUCCCUUGUAUCUUUCGGAUGACUCUGAAGAAAUUUCAAGUGAAGUAGAUCAUGUUUUUGAGAAUAUACGUGACAUACAUGAGUUGAUUGGACCAUAUAUAACAAAAGAUGGUAAAAUCAUCAACAAGAAGCGUAAGUUGUAUUCUAUCGGUGAUUUAUCUCACGUUGAUGACAUGUUCAUCGGGAAAUUUCGUGUGGAAUGGACAGUAAGGGGCGUAAAAGAGAAAUUGCAAUUCCGUCACAGAGAUACAAAAUCUCCUCCAUUAAAAUCAAACAGAUUUAAUUUUUCCGGAAUUGGUGGAUUCAUACUCAAACUUUGGUUAGACGGACAUAACGGCUCCAAAGAUAAACAUAUCGCAAUAAGCCUCUUACAAGAAGAACACUGGGCCAGUUUAGAUUCACCGAUAUGUAUUUUUGCUGGAAACAUCGUUAGAGGACCCUUUUACUACAGAUCUCCAGACUAUGUAAAAUACUCCGCUUCCCUUUGUCGCCUUGAAGAAGCAUUAGAAGACAACACUUUACGAGUUGGUGUAAUGAUUGCAGAACGUUAA